CUGUUUAGAAACAUAUUCUAUUCUUAUUUACAAUAAAAGUGACUCCAAAAUGACACAAUACAUGAUUUACCAUUCAUUUCUAUCGGGCACAAAAUGUCCUGUAAUUACUAAACGGUUCAGCCGAUAGGGAUGAAAAUACCCUCAAAUUAAAGCUGACAGCCUGCACUUUAACUUCAUAGUCAUUGUAUCAUUUCAUAUCCAAAGUGCUGAAUUACAGAGCCAAAACAACAACAAAAAGCUCACUGUACUUGUUGUUGUCAUGUUGGGAUGUGCUUUGGUUCUGAUAAAGAAGCUUAAAAUAGGUUAUAAUGUUUCAUGCUGGCUGACAAAUUGUUAACAAGAAACGUGUUUAGUUUACUAACUCGGAGACUGUACUACUCUCUACGCUACUGAGAUUUCAUGAAGGACUCCGGCAUUUUGAAGUUAGCCGGAGACAUUUCUGGCAGUUUUGACUGUAGUCAGUACAGUAGGUAGUGUAAAAUCUGGCAUUUGUGAGUGUGUGGGUGUGUAUGCAAGCAUUCAUGCCCACAAAUGUGUGAGUGAGUGAGUGAAUGAAUUAAUGGGACAAUGAUUUACUGUAUAAAAAAGGAAAUUACGACAUGUUUCAAAUCCUGACCUAACCAUAUAUCAACUAACUCAGUUCCGGUUAAUAGCCAUAGUCAUCAUUUUUAACAACACAUUUUUGGCCUAAUGUAUCCUCACAUAUCCCACACACAUGUAACUGUACAUGAAGCAAGCCAUUAGCUAUGAGAGAGAAAGGCAGUGCAUUGACCAGUCAUUUGGAUCGCUUUCAUCUCCAUAAUUAGUGCUUAAUGUGCACUGUUCUGCUCCAUUGUGCCUCCACGCUAUAGCUUUUAUUCAGGAUGUAUGCCGUGGGUUUCAAUAUGUAAUUGGAAUUGCUGUUAGGAGACUUACUGGGUGCUUUAGUCUCCCUUGCCUUUUGAGAAAACCAAUAUGUCAUUCUGGCACAUAUUUUGAGACCAAUACAUGACCGUAGAGUUUGGUAUCUCCAUUCAUGGUACUAGCCUGUGUUGGAGAUCUCGUCUGAAUAUUAUGAUACCAAACUGAGUCCAAUUCAUUUUUGGAAUAAAUACGAUGCUGACAAUGGACAAAUGCUUAGUCAAUAACCCUCACUCUGCCUUAGCUCUGUCUACAAUAACAAAAUAUCUAAUUUUCAGCUUUUCUGUUCCAGUUCUGUGUAAAAUGAAGUCUACUGUAUUUACAGAGUUGAAUACCCUCAUCUGAAGGAAAUUACAUUAGUAGUAACUAAGUGCUAUCUAUACUUGUAGGAGGACACUUUCAAAAAUCACUGUCAGUUAUAUGACUCAUAUCUAGAUCAUAUCGCUCAAGGCUCUAUGCUAUGCUGUGUAUCGUUCAUUUGUAAUAUGUCCUUUGUUUGUUUUACCAAUAACAGCCAAACAGUCUGUAACCACCUGUUGUCCUAUCUGUUGCUACUGUAUGUAUGUUUGUAUGUAUGUAUCAACAUGGCACUAAUCCAGAACAUAACCUACUUUGGAUGGGCUUGCACUUUCAGUUACUUUUGUUUUUACUCCAGACUGCCCACACUGUGAUGCAUUAGGACAUUUUCUGUGUGUAGAAAACCUUUGCAUGGAAAGAUGAAGGUUCUUUGAGUUUAUAUGGGUUAGUUAUCGCUCUAACCUCGUCUUAUGGUUGUACAAUACGUACUGCGUCAUGCUAGAGACAGUGCUUACAUUGGGUUCUUAGGUUUAUUUAUUGUGGUGUUCAUCAAAGUGUGGCCAAUAACAUUUAGGAUGAAACAGUUGAACAAUUGGGCUUCAACUGAAAGAGAACUUGGUUAUUGAUUGUCAGUGUGAUACAUAUAAUUUCCUUUAUAGGGCUAGUCGCUUCCCUUCUUUCAUGAAAAAGUAAUAUAUGGCAGCAUAAGAUACAUUGUUAUUCUAAAUAUGUGGAAUGGAUUUUAAAGUCUAAAAAUAUGGAAUAUAUUACUCUAUGUAUGACUUUAGCAUUUCAGUGUAUGCAUACUGUAUGUGGAAUGAGUAUUAUUUCAGUACUUGUAAGGUGACAUGAGCCUGGCAAUAGUUUAUCAUAAUUCAUGUAUUACUCUUUCUUCUUGGGAAUAUGUUAGAUUUAUUCCAUGUUUUCUAGUUAACUGUAUGAGGCUAAAAUGGGACUUGCUGGUCAUCCACUGAAACAUUUGACAUUUGUCUCUUUUUCAAAUUAGAUUUAUUUUCUUCUGGUGAACAUACAUGUUUUGUUUUGGAGCUGUAAAAGGGAUACUGUAUUCUGAGGACAAUACAUGUUUGGAAGGCAUUUGCAGCCUCUGUUUGUACAAAAAAAAAAGUUAAAUAAAAUCUCCAGUAUCUAUGUAAAAAAUGUGUCAAUGCCUUGUGUCUUCAAGGCCUAACUGUUGAUCCAUAUUACUAGAUUUGAAAGAUUGCAGACAUAUCACCAGUGUCACCACAUCAUAGAUUCACGUCAUUAUUUUAUAAAAUGAGAAAUGUUUCUCAACAUCAGCAGAGAGAAAGCCUGUAUUUAGAUGAUAUAUGGCUCUGGCUGGUACCCUACUUUGUCCUACCAAAAAGGACUGGGAGGGAUCUGUCAGGCGACAUCUCACAAUUCGAAGCCGUAAUCGGUUUACUAUGGUGCUCUAUGGACCAGGGUUUAUUCGUUACGGACUCCAGGAAGAGUAACGUUAGCUGCUGCUUCUGCAAAAGGUAAUGGGAUCCAAAAAAACAAACCGUUUCCGGUUUAAGAACCAUACGGAAGCGAACAGAGCUAAUGGGAUGAAGCGAUGCGGGACCUACCUUCAUUUGUCCAAUAGAAACUCGUUUUCAGUUGGGCGUAAACGCGUUGGUGUGACAACACAAUCGGAGUAAUGAUGACCUCGGUGCUGUCGGCGUCCUGUCAAAGACUAGAGACAGAGGUGGGACGCCGGGGAUGGAGUGCAUGAAAUUAACAAUAUUUGGAAACCGAUUAUCGCUGGUGUGAACGAACGAAUUCCAGACUACGCUGUAAAUGUCCGAGAAACCGAGAGUCCAGUAUGAGGAAAGCAACCAGGCCAGUGGCAGGCGUCUCCAAAGCCACAGCCGCAGCCACCAAGGCCCAGACCGUUGAGAAAGUCAAGCCUGAGGGCGCCACCACCACCAUGGGCACAGCCGGCAAGAUUACAGCCAAGACCUCUGCCACCGCGCCACUGUCUAAGGCGAAGAGCAAUGAUGACCUUCCAUCAGUAACAACAGUAGGCAGUGGAGCCUCUGCUGGGAGCAGCACUAUUCCCAAGGCGAAGAAGACUGGCUCUGUCCACUCUUCAAACUCCUCCACUACAGGCAAGCGUGGGACCACCUCUGUGGUGAAGGAGCUUGGUUCAUCGCGGGAGGGACUACGGGAACGCUCCAGAACUUGCACCACCAGCAGGAAGCUCUCCGGACCCUCCGAUGCCUUGUCACCGCCCAAGAGAGUCCGCUGCCGGACUGUGACUGAAUCUGAGUCCCGUAUGAGCAAGUCCAGGUCGAACGGGCAGCUCAGCGACAAGACGGUCCUGGAGAGCAGGGUGAAGGACCUGCUGGGCCUGGCCAAGAGCAAAGACGUGGAGAUCCUCCACCUGCGCACAGAGCUCCGGGGCAUCCGUGUCCAGCUAGGCCUGCCCGAGGAGGAGGAAGAGGAUGGGGGGAGCAGAGCCAGAGAGGAAGGCGAGGGCGAGGAGACUGCUGAGGCUAAGCCUCCACAGGACCAGGAGAUGGAAGCCCCUACUCCUCUCAUCUCUGCAGACGUGGAAUCCACCCUGCUCUUGCUACAGGACCAGAACCAGGGGAUCCGUGGAGAGCUGAACAUGCUGAAGAGUGAGAACCGCAUGCUGAAGGACCGGCUCAACGCCCUGGGUUUCUCCCUGGAGCAGAGGCUGGACAGCCCCCUAAAGACCCUGCAAGGCCCCUGCCUUAGCUCGGAUCUUCCCCCAGCCCGUGAUGGCAGUUAUGGAGAUGGAGGGUGCCCACAGGCCUCUUUUUUACAUGAGGUCUCCCCUCACAGCUCUGCCUGCGGCUCUACUGAAGACCUUCUUGACCCCCGGCGAGUCAUCUCCCCUGAGGCGGCCGACAGCGAAUGCAGCGAAGCCUACCAGCCAAUCACCUCCAGCGAUGAUGCCCUGGAUGCCCCCUCUGGUUCUGCCUCUGCCUGCGGCUCCUCCUCCGAGUCAGAGGGCGGGCCACCGAGUCACGGCGAGCGCUCCCGUAGAGGCAGUAGUGGCAACACCAGCGAGGUGUCGGUGGCCUGUCUAACGGAGCGCAUUCACCAGAUGGAGGAGAACCAGCACUGCACCUCUGAGGAGCUCCAGGCCACACUACAGGAGUUGGCUGAUCUGCAGCAGAUUACCCAGGAACUAAGCACAGAGAACGAGCGACUGGGUGAGGAGCGGACCAUCCUGGUGGAUUCCCUGUGCCAGCAGGGUGACCGGCUGGAGCUUUACUGCCGGCAGAUGGACUACUUCCGGGGCCUGCUGGAUGAGCACCGCGUGGCGUAUGCCCCGGCCGACGAGCAGGACACUAAGAGCGGGCGCUACCUGGAGCUGGAGCGCCGCUAUGUGGACCUGACGCAGGGCGCCCACUUCGAGAGGGAGCAGCUGCUGGGGGUGCAGCAGCACCUGAGCGGGGCGCUGAAAAUGGCAGAGCAGGACAACGCCGAGGCCCAGGGCCUCAUCUCAGCGCUGAAGGAACGGGUGCACAUGGCAGAGCGGCAGGCUGAUAUGGAGCGCAGGGAAAGAGCGACGGCGGCAGCAGAGCUGGAGGCCAUGAGGGAGGCGGCUGGGGGGGAGCAGGCGGAGCUGGCUCGGUGCAGAGUCCAACUGGAGCAGGAGAGGCAGCGGGUGGCUGAGCUCUACUCCAUCCACAAUGCCGGGGACAAGACGGACAUCCGCCACCUGCUGGAGAGCGAGAGGAGGGACAAGGAGAGGGCAGAGGCUGAGUCUGUUCAGCUGCAGGAGGACCUGGACCACACCCACGACGAGGCCGCCAGGCUACAGGACGGCAUCCGCAAGCUGGAGGAGGACUUCCGUGCAUUCCGUGGCGAGGUGCAGAAGCAGUUGGCUGAGCAGAAGCGGGCCCUGGCCCAGCAGUGUUCUGAGCUGGAGGAAAGGGACACAGAGGUCUCUGACAUGAAGGAGACCAUUUUUGAGCUGGAGGACGAGGUGGAGCAACACCGAGCCCUCAAACUCCAUGAUAACCUCAUGAUCACAGACCUGGAGAACUCCGUCAAAAAACUACAGGACCAAAAACAUGACAUGGAGCGUGAGAUCAAGAUUCUGCAUCGAAAGCUCCGGGAGGAGUCUAUGGAGUGGCGUCAGUUCCAGGCCGACCUGCAGACGGCGGUGGUCAUCGCCAACGACAUCAAGUCCGAGGCUCAGGAGGAGAUCGGGGACCUGCGGCGCCGCCUACUGGACACACAGGAGAAGAACGAGAACAUGAGCAAAGAGCUGGAGGAGCUCAAGAAGCAGGAUGAAGAGAGGGGCAGGGUGUAUAACUACAUGAAUGCAGUUGAGAGGGACCUAGCUGCCCUGAGGCAGGGCAUGGGUCUCAGCCGACUCUCCUCUACCUCCUCUGAGCCCUCUCCAACCGUUAAGACCCUCAUCAAAAACUUUGACAAUGCCUCCACUGCAGGCCCUGUCCCAACCUCCCCCACAGCAGCCGUGCCAGCAGUUACCACAAUGGUUGCCCGUACACCCCUCAGCCCCAGUCCUCUGAAAACCCCACCUGCUGCUGCUAUCUCUCCCAUACAGAGGCACACUGCGUCGACCCCCAAACCCCUGUCCUCCAUGGUGGAUAAAAGGUCAAGCUACACAGACCUCAAUAUGCCAGCAGAUCACCUGUUCCGGGCCUCCUCUGGGACCCGCACCCCCUCUGCCCUUCAGAGGGUCCCCAACAUGGACUCCUCCUCCAAGUCCCUCUCAGUGUCUCGCAGGAGCAGUGAGGAGCUGAAGAGAGACAUGUCUUCCUUAGAGAACACCUCCUCCCCUGCAGCCUCCUCCCCCACCACCUCAGUCCCCCCCUCCACAAGGGGACGCUUACGGGAGGGGAGAAAAGACGCCCUGUCUGCACUGGCCAGGGAGUACGGGGGAUCCAAGAGGAACGCCCUGCUCAAGUGGUGCCAGAAGAAGACUGAAGGAUACCAGAACAUUGACAUCACCAACUUCAGCAGCAGCUGGAACGACGGGCUGGCCUUCUGUGCUGUUCUCCACACCUACCUGCCUGCCCACAUCCCCUACCUGGAGCUCUCCAGCCAGGACAAGAAGGAGAAUUUCACACUGGCUUUCCAGGCUGCGGAAAGUGUCGGGAUCAAGUCCACGUUGGACAUUGGAGAGAUGGUGUACACAGAGAGGCCUGACUGGCAGAGUGUGAUGACCUACGUCACGGCCAUCUACAAGUACUUUGAGACGUGACCCAUCUUCAAGCCUGAACACCUCGCAGCCCCGCACACCCCAGACCACAUUUCCAGCCAGGGCUGUCAUCACAACACUGGACAACCUUACAGCAACAUCAGCUAAUGCUACCUGAAAAGACUUCUGGGACCCUGAGUUGUACAUUUUAAGAGUUAUCACUUAACUCCAUCCAGUAUGUUCCAUGUGUACGCUGCAAUGUUCCACAAAUUCUUGGCUUGGGACGCUCAUGUGGUUUCUCAGCUAGACUGAAACCCUCGAAGACUAUGUUAUGGAUAGACCGAGGCCCUGGGUAUUGGACAAUGUGUUGACCAGGCCCCCCCCAUCUGUCGUUCAAAUUCCCUUGGAUCAGCGACUUCCUGUAUACUCAAGUCUUUUGACCUCUUGACCCCAGCCCUAUGUGAACUCUGCGCUGUCUGCAGUAGCCUAUAAUAACACCAUGAUCACCUCCAACACUACACUUCAAGUUGGGUAGUACAUGUUUAGCGAGCUGAAAAACAAUGUGGGUAUGGUUUUUGGAUUUGGAUUUGGAAUACUGCAGAGAACAGGACUGCGUUUUAAAAAUUGGUUUGCCCAUUUUGUCCGAGCAAUGACUUUAAUGGUAAGUGUGCCUUACCUGAUAGAGGGUCCAGCUUAACUGUCACGGUAGGUGUUGUGUACUGUUUUAGCCUGAUGCUUUGCUAUAUAUAUAUUCCAAAGAGAUAAUCUACAAGUUUGGCAGAUGAUAUCUUGAACUUCACAAUAAUCAGUGCCAUGUUAGUCUCUUGUUUGUCAUAAUUGGCCAAUACAAUAAGCAUUGACCAUUAG